AUGAGUAAUAAAGAUUCUCUUUCGCCGUUCGAUCCUAGUAAAGCUAUCGUCGAAGAUAAAACAAAUAAAGACGGCGAUGUAGAAUUGGAUGAAGACAUGUCUUCGCGAAUGACCGCCUCCUAUAGUGAGAUAUCUUUUCACUCUGAUAAUGGUCAGAGUAAUGGAGAGCUAAGCAGGGACACCGGCCCAUCUAGACCUUACGAUCUACCUUCAGAAAACCGAAAACAAGAUAAGAUACCCUUAGAUAUAGAUGGGCAUGUGCGCUAUGAAGGAGAUAUGACUCAUUAUGUUGCUGACGAUUUAGAAUUUCAGAUUAAACUUUCCAGUCCUAUAGCUAAGAGAGGAGAAACCCCAAUAUUCGGCAGUUCUAGUGCUUCCAGGUCUAGUACACCUUCCGGCAAACUCUACCGACAAAUAUUGGCUCCACAGAUUGGGCAAAUAGAUAUAACAGUAUUAAAUGAUCUCGAAUACGAAGCUCAAAAAAUAGCACAAUCGGUCGAUAAUUUGAUUGAAAACUUGUCAAGCAUUCUACAUUCAAACUCUUCACUCACAGCGGAAAAUAUGGAAGUUUACAGAGAUGCAGUUGGUAAAACUUGUGACGCAAUGGAUAAUAAUAUAAAGAGUAUGUAUACAAUCCUUGCCAAGGGGGAGGAAGUCUCACAAGCAAUGGUGCCAGUUCAAGCACAGGCAGCCAGAAUAGCGGAAAUAAAAAGACUAUUACAAAUAUUUGAAAGCUAUUUCUAAGUCAACUAAACUUAAAUUUAAACAUUAAAAACAAUAAAAAAAUAAUAUAUAGAGGCAAUUAGUGCAUUACCCUUAUUGACUCCAUACAUUAUUUCAAAAUAUGUAAUUCCUUUAAGAUAAUUUUAUGCUCCGACUUACUAUUAGGCCUAGUGCAAAAGUUGUAAAAAUGUUGUUUAUUUAGUUGUUAUAUUUUUUUACAAUUUAAAUACAAAUAUUAUAAAAUAUUUAU